AUGCAAUAUAGGGAUGAGAGGGUAGAGAGAGUUGCUAAAACUGAAAAAGCAGCAAGCCCUGCAAAAGCAAAAAAUAAAACUGUAGUGGAUCCUCCAGUGGGUAAUACGGCAAUGACACAGCGUGAAAGAUUGACUGAACAGCUCGACAAAGGAACCUUGGAAUGUUUAGUCUGCUGCGAAAGAGUUAAGCAAACAGAUUCAGUUUGGUGGUGCUCCAAUUGUUACCAUGUGUUACACCUAAGAUGCAUCAGGAAAUGGGCUACAAGCAGUUUAGUGGAAGGAAAAUGGCGCUGUCCCGCUUGUCAGAAUACGAAUGAAGAGGUUCCGACUGAGUACCGUUGCAUGUGUGGCGCGGUACGAUCGCCCGAAUAUUCCCGUGGAACAGUGAGCGCCCACACUUGCGGAAAAUCCUGCCGCCGGCCAAGGAGCUGUCCGCAUCCUUGUACUCUUCUGUGCCACCCUGGCCCCUGCCCACCUUGCCAAGCCACCAUAAGCAAGCAAUGCGGAUGCGGCGCUGAGACCCGUUCCGUGCUCUGUAGCAGCAAGCUGCCACAGCUGUGCGGUAGAGAGUGCAAACGCACGUUGGCUUGCGGCGUUCACAAGUGCCAACGCGAGUGCCACGAAGGCCUGUGUGAUGAGUGUUCCGAAACUGUCACCCAAGUGUGCCACUGCCCCGCGGCGAAGUCGCGCUCGGUGCCCUGCACGGCGGAGACGGGCGCGUGCGCCACGUGGUCGUGCGGGGCGGCGUGCGCGCGCGUGCUCGCGUGCGGCGCGCACGUGUGCCGCCGCGUGUGCCACCCGCCCGAGUGCGCGCCGUGCCCGCUGCGCCCGGAGAACGUGCACACGUGCCCGUGCGGAAACACCAGGAUUGAGAAAGGCCAACGCAAAUCCUGCACCGACCCCAUACCACUUUGCGGCAACAUCUGCGCAAAGCCGCUGCCCUGUGGCCCUGAUGGAGACAAACAUUUCUGCAAACAGCUGUGUCAUGAAGGACCAUGCCCGACGUGCCCCGACAAAACCCUGCUCCCGUGCCGCUGCGGUCACUCCAGUCGAGAGGUGCCAUGCGCUGAAUUACCCGAGAUGGCCAAUAACGUGCUGUGCCAGAAGAAGUGUAACAAGAAGCUGUCAUGCGGCCGCCACCGCUGCCGGACCGUCUGCUGCGCCGCCCAGUCGCACCGCUGCGCGGUCGUGUGCGGCCGCACGCUCUCCUGCCAGCUGCACCGCUGCGAGGAGUUCUGCCACACCGGUCACUGCGCCCCCUGCCCCCGCGUCAGCUUCGAGGAGUUGCGCUGCGAGUGCGGCGCGGAGGUGGCGCUGCCGCCGGUGCGAUGCGGUGCGCGCGCGCCCGCCUGCAGCGCCCCCUGCCGCCGCGAGCGCCCCUGCCGCCACCCGCCGCACCACUCGUGCCACACCGGCGACUGCCCGCCCUGCGUCGUGCUCACCACCAAGAUGUGCCACGGACGCCACGAGGAACGCAAGACAAUACCUUGUUCCCAAGAAGAAUUCUCAUGCGGUCUGCCCUGUGGCAAGCCGUUGCCCUGCGGAAAGCAUACAUGCGUGAAGACAUGCCACAAAGGACCAUGUGAUACUGAAAAGUGCCGGCAGCCGUGCGCGGAGAAGCGCGCCGGCUGCGGGCACGCGUGCGCCGCGCCGUGCCACGUGGCGGGCGGCGGCGCGUGCCCGAGCAGCUCGCCGUGCCGCCGCGCCGUGCGCGCCACCUGCCCGUGCUCGAGGCGCACCGCCGAGCGCACGUGCCACGAGAACGCCCGCGACUACGCCAAGUUGAUGAGCACACUAGCGGCUACGAAGAUGCAAGAGGGAGGUUCUGUUGAUAUUUCUGAGGUACAACGCCCCGGCGCUAUGCUCAAAACGCUGGAGUGCGACGACGAGUGCCGCAUGGAGGCGCGCUGCCGCCAGCUGGCGCUGGCGCUUCAGAUCCGCAACCCGGACGUGUCCGCGAAGCUGGCGCCGCGCUACAGCGAGCACGUGCGCGCGACCGCGGCGCGCGAGCCCGCCUUCGCGCAGCAAGUGCACGACUGCCUCACGGAGCUCGUGCAGCGCGCCAAGAAGUCGAAGCAGAAGACCCGCGCGCACUCGUUCCCCUCCAUGAACCGGCAGAAGAGGCAGUUCAUCCACGAGCUCUGCGAGCACUUCGGCUGCGAGAGUGUCGCCUACGACGCGGAGCCGAACAGAAACGUGGUCGCCACCGCAGACAGGGAAAAGUCGUGGCUGCCGGCGAUGAGCGUUCUGGAGGUGCUGGCGAGGGAGGCGGGAAAGAGGCGCGUCCCCGGGCCGGUGCUACGCGCCCCGCCCCCCGCUACGCACGUCCCUCCCACUGCUACGCCCGCUACAUCGACAAGCAGGACAACCGGUGCCUGGGCGACGCUCACCUCCACAAACGCGUGGGCUUCGCGCAGCCAGCCGCGCCCUGCCCCAGCGGAGCCCAAGAUAGACUACUUCGACAACCCGCCGGAAAAU